AUGUCUCUGCGUGGGCCCAUGCGGCGGUCCCACUUGCGGCAGGUGAGCGCCGCAAGCUUGGAGACCCUUUCAACGGCCCACUCAAUGGAAGCAUCGCAUCGCGACCACGGCCCCACGCCGGACGAACGCAUUGUCCGGAUGUCUACCAGCUUGGCCCGGCGGCAAUGCACACUAUGGGUUCACGAUGAGAUGUUCUCUCGGGAGGAACUCCUGCUCAAUCCCUCGGCAUUAGGCGAAAGCGGAGUUCAAGUCGGCGAUAUUGUGGAGAUUCUGCCUGUUCGCGCGUCCGGGGAUCCCAUCCACUCGAGCUUGAAGCCGGAUGCCGCUGUGAAGACAGCUCGCGAUACCCAUAGCGAUUUGAAACCGGCGGCCAAGAACGACAGCACUUCCAAAUUCAAGACACCCCUCCAAAGCCGGUGUUUAUUCGUGGUCAAGCCGCUGCCGCAAGACAUCAAGACCCGACAUCCCAAAUUGGAGAUUUCCGUGACGAGUAGUGUGGCCAAUAUUUUUGGCUUCAAGAAUCGGACUCAAGUUCAUCUCUCAAUUGUGGAUCGGAAGAGUUGCGCCGCAUCGCAUGUGGAUAUCGCAUUUCGCGAUCAAUACAUAGUUCGUUCUGACAUGUGGCGACUGGUUGAAUCCGAGCUUGUGGACAAGAUUGUCUACAAGGGACAAAAGAUCAUGUUCAUGGGUAGUAUCAAAGCGACCAUCAAGAACAUUUUUAUCCGAGAAAAGAAGGUCCUCUCUGGCUACUUUGCGCCCAACACCAUUCCCGUCUUUCGCAGCGAGUCGGCGAAGUACGUCUUGUUCAUUCAAAUGUCUCGAGAGAUGUGGGACUUUGACUCUGAGGGAUCUGGAGAUAUUCUAUUCAGCCGAGUCAUCAACGGUUUCCUACCAGAGCUCUUCAAACGAUGGGCUAACUCCGAUGCCAAGCAUUUGGUCACUAUCGUGCUGUUUACUCGCGUCGAGUACGAUGCAUCUGCUCAUCCUGGCCUAUCCAAACUCAACAGCGGAAACUUGAAAAAUACUUCUGGUCCAAAUCAAGUUCCGACUCGGGACUUUUACCGCGUUGUGGUGAAUGACAUGGCAAGCGGCCACUGGACGACCAUUCUGGAUGAGCUGAAGAAGAACUUUCGAACAUUCCUCAGAGACGUAUCCAUCUUGAAAACAGAUGACUUGGAGGUUGCAGCUGGAAGUGGUAUCAAGUUCUCAGCAAAGCCCUCCACCGCGACCAUCGCGGGCCGUCCGAGUACAGCUCUGCGAGGCAACAUUCUAGAGGCUAUCCACCUCGCUUCCGCCCACUUGGCUUACGACCAUAUUGAUCGAGACAUGGUGCACACAGGCACCUCAAUCAUUGUCAUCACACCCGGCAGUGGUGUGUUCGAAGUAUCUUACGACUCCCUUGCCUCCACGACAGAAGCCUUAGCCAAUCGCGGCAUAGCUAUUGAUCUCGUCUGCCUGAGCCCCAUGCCUCUUCACUCGGUUCCUCUCUUUAAAUAUCGCGAGCCGGUAGAACGGCAUUCUAGCUCAUUGCCAUCAACCAGCGAGAUUCCCAGAAACAACAUGUCACCGGAAAUACACCAUUCUAUCUCCAGCUUGGUCAGCAGAUCAUCCUACCUGUCUCCCGGAUCAUAUCUUUCUGCUUCUCGCAUGCGAGAGCGAGGUAAUCUUCGGUCCAAAGACUGGAGUUAUGGAAUUCCUCAUUGGCUUGACAUCUCCUACUGGAAUCCUGAAACUUAUCGAGAAGCUCGAAGAAUACUGAAGAACGAUCCCAAUGCACCCAUUCCAUUUACAGUCACUCGGCCGGCCAAAGCCUUCACUCCGAGAGUGCGCAUGUACGAAAUUCAAAUGAUGGGUGUCAUGGAAAGCGAACAGUCGAACAUUUCGAUUCCAUAUCUACUUGAAGGACUUGACAUGCCUAGGCGUCGCGGAUCCUGGGUCGGGACCAACCCUGCUCGUGCUCCUCCGAGAGCACGCUUUGCGAAUUCCUCGUCUCUAAAAGCCCAGUACAGUGACAGCCUGCGGCCAGAAACAUCGUCAUUCCUGGAGAAUGUAACAGAUCCAAGUGAGCUGCAAAUCAAGGGCUUGCAGAAAUCACGCAAAUCCGUAAUGGCUUGGAUGGAUCAGUACGAUGAGAAUGUUUUCUCAGCAACACCAAAACGACGUCAACCCCAGAGACCUAAAAGUAAGCGCCUUAGUGAGCCCGAAGUCCAAGUUGCCGGAAUACAUGAACGGAUAUCAGCGCGAUCUAUCUCGCGUCUACGCGAGCAUGAAUCGAACGCAAACGAGAAAGAUCAAAUCAUCCGAGCAAGUGGCCCUCGAAGGCUCGAUGCGUCAUCUGUCACCACCCCAAAGAGUCCUGUUUCUACAAAGAGCCCAUCGCCGACCAAGCCGGCGUUGAAGACCCCGACAGCCACACGACCCGCCUCCAGAAUUUCCCGAACAAUCAGCUUUGCGCUUCGUGGUCUGAUUGCCACCCCGCCAAGAGCUCAAGCAAGUACAGGAGUCCAUGUAGAGCAUGCCAACGCAGGGCCCAUGUCCAACCAAAGAGGGCCUAGCAGCACAUUCUCUGAUACCAGAAGUAUUACGUCCCUAAGCCCUUCGGAGACCGCCUCGAUCCCCACUAUUGUCGAUGUAUCAUCACGGCCAUCUACGCCUCCAAAGCUCCAUCAAGAGCCCCGGCCAACCCCCUCCAAGCCUAUUUCUAUCAAGCCUCCGGCGAAGAAGCCUUCAGAGGUUACGGAACAGUCAGAUCGUGGAGAAACACAGGGUUCGUUGUCAAGAUCGGCUGCCGAAGUUCAAUUCAACGACGAUGUUCGCGAAGAAGGCCCAAUUCGGUCUCAUGACCACAGAAUUGAGAUCACUGUCAAUCACAGCUCUCGCGAUGGGUCGAUACGGGCCUCGCCAAGCAAAGCUUUGUCUCCCUGGGUACGAUCUGUCAACCCAUGCAAUACCCCCAAGGACGUGCUACGCGACACGAGCUGGUUUGGUCGCUGGCAACAUGCUUAUCCUCGUCCUCCGCACGUCGCUGUCGUCAAGUGGAAAAGUUUGAAGUCCCCAGCAGUCUUGCCGUUGACCACUGAGGAGUUUCCCACAGCCACUGAACUUGCCUCUGAUUAUUUGCAAACACCCUAUCGCGUCUUUCCUAACGACGACGCGGAUGUCUUUGAGUCCCCUAAGACCCGUGGUGUGUUAUUACGAGAAAUGAUCGCGCUUCGACUUUCUCAUGGCUUCCAAAUCAUCGUCGGCAAGAACGUGGCUGAGGUAUCCGCACGACCUGCUCUUGAGUUUUUGAAUGUCUUCGACACGCGAGGCCUAGAACGCGAUGGAGAGACCGUCUUCCUGUCAAAAGGAAAUGCAAUCCACCGUCUGAUCUGCAUAGAUGGUGGGGAGAUAGAGGUAACACGCUUUACACAUCAAGCAACCGCGUCACUCGCAUUCCCCAAGCGGGCAAACUUCACGCUGUAUCAACCCGCCAUGAGGACUAUUUUGAGGCCAGAGUAUGAGAUUAAAGACAUCAAGCUAGACCCGACCGCGGAGGAAUACAACUGGAAUUAUGCCGACAAUUACGUGGCUGGCCAUCGUGAUUACCUCCAUAAUCCGGCACAGCAGCUCCACUUCUGGCGAGUUCGCUAUGUCCUGAUCCCAAUGCAUCUGCACACGAAUUCCCGACGCCAUCUGCAAUCUUUCAAUGACGAUAACGAGGAGGAAAUCCACCUACUUGGAAUCAGCCACCUCACCCACAUCUGGCAGCGACACAAGUACGUGUCUGCCGAGGAGAAGCGGUUUGAAAUUUCGACCAAGAAGAGGGAUGCGAACCCACUCAACAUCAUGUAUCAAACUCGAAACCCAUCUGAAGUGGUUGCUGCCGAGCUAGAUCGGCUGUUGCUCACCGACCCGGGACUCGACAACCCGCCGGCUCAGCUUCUUCCCGAGUCGGAGCUACUGGAGCGAUCCAGUAUCAACUUGUCUAGCUUUGCGCAGAUCAUCCAGGGUGAUAAGGGCGUGCGAAUGAUGGAUAGAAGGUGGCAUUGGCGGCUGCAUUACAACUGCUUCAUUGGCUUCGAGUUUACAACUUGGUUGCUGCAGAACUUCCGGGACAUCGAUACCCGCGAAGAAGCGGUUGGAUUUGGCAAUGAGUUGAUGAAGCACGGCCUGUUCCAGCACGUGGAGAAGCGACACAAUUUCCGCGAUGGCAACUAUUUCUACCAGAUCUCUGCCGAGUAUCGCGUGACGCGCCCGGAAUCUCGAGGUGGAUGGUUCCCUCAACUCCGAGCCGACAAGUCGAUGCCAUCGACGCCUGCAAUUGGAAAUGUGAUCGACUCUCCGUCUAGUUUCCACACUCGUUCGGACAGCACCGACGACAAGGUGCCGCCAACGCCAAAUACUCCGUCCAAGUUCAAGAACAAAGUUGCCAUCAUGCUGUCUAAGUCGCUCAAAUACGACGUUGACAGUCGGAAACGAUCGAAUCGCCCAGAAGUCAUUGAUCUCCAUUAUGAUCGGCUGCACAAUCCCGAAAAUUGCUUCCAUAUUGAGCUCAGCUGGAUGAACACCACGCCGAAGCUGAUUGAAGAUACUGUCCACUCAUGGGCUUCAACUGCCGAGAAAUUCGGUCUCAAAUUGGUCCAAGUACCAAUUGCGGAAGGAUGCGCCAUUGACAGGACCCAACCCUUCCGCAAGCCAUACGAAAUCCGGCUGAAGGUUCCUCCUCCCAAGGGCCCCGUUCAUACCGUCUUCAACAAUGCAUCAUUCGCACAGCCGGGACCACCGGACAACCUGUAUUACCAAAAGGCCCUCCUGCGAAAGUUUGACUUUGUCUUGGACUUUGAAGCAUGCACAGCAUUCCCUGCGGACGUGGAGGUCUCAUAUUCAUGGGGCAAGCUAGACUACAAGUAUCCGCAGUUCAUCCACCGGAAUGGCAGCAUUAUCGUCCAAAUCACCGACGAGGGUCAUUUCUUGCUGCUUGCGAACCGACUCGUGAGCACGCGCAGCGCAGCCAGCCGAGAUGCAGGCCGCUACGAGCAUCACAAUCGGGCGGAUUACCGCGGGCGCACUGCAACGCACGAUCCUCUCGAUCGCAUCUCACCACGCCUGUCGCCGCUCACCCGGCCACUCCAUGAAAUCGGCAGUCCCCUCCCACAGCCCGGGUCAAAGGACAUCGACUCUGCGAAUCUCUAUCGGGCUCCCGAGAUCAUCCUUAACGCCUUGGAGGAAUUUUGCAAGGAUGCCGCGCAGCUACAGCAAUUCUACAGCGAGUCACACGUCCGCCCGGUCUCGACCAAGGUCGAGCCCACUACAGCACAUCUCAUGGACACGUCCAUCCCGUCUCUGGAGCUCCCUGCCAGCGUGGUCAGUCACCACAUCUCGCCUCCUCCCGGCUUGCCGUCGCGAGUCACCCGAGAAUCGCGAGAUAAUCGGGAUGGGCUGAAGUCGCCGGAGAUGACAAGGGCUCGCGCUCGGGGCGAAAGUCUUAGCCUGAUGGGCAGUCCGAGGAGUGGGAGUCUGCGUCCUCUGAUUUGA